AUGGAUCCACAACGAACAACCUUAACCUCCAACCGCAGAUUCUUUGCCUUAACCUCCGACCGUAGACCUACAACCCACACCCCUAACCUUCAAACCGCAGAUCCCUUACCUCAACCUCCAACUACCUACAACACAACACCAACUUCCAACCCACAACCCCAACUUCCAACCGCAGAUCCACAACCCAUAAUAACCUCCUACGUAGACCUACAACCCAAACCUCCAACCGUAGACCUACAACAACACAACCUAACCGCCACUGCAACGCCCGCGACCUACAACCUCAAACUACAUCCUCAGCCUCCAACUGCAGACCCCGACCCACAACCCCAACCCCACAACUCCAAAAACAGACCACGACCUACAACCCUCCCACCUCCAAAGCACAGCCCCCACCCGCCCCUCCCGCUUGCCCCGGCCCGAGAGAGCGGCGACCGCCAAAGCCCGCGUGAGACUGUCCGUGUUCAAUCGGCUGUCGCGAAACCCGGCCGCUUUCAUCCGCCGCGCGAGAGGGAGACAAAGGGGCCUCUGCCCGACGAGUGGAAAAUCGGCCCCCGACCCGGGUCCGCCGCCACGCUGCAGACGCCCGCGCCCGCCUCACGGGAGACCCGUCUCACUCGACAUCUCCUUACAAUCCCAGUCCCAAUAUACACCUACUCAACAUCUACUUACAAUCCCAGUCCUACACCUACUCGACACAAUCUACUUACAAUCCCAGUCCCAAUCUACACCUACUCGACACUUACAAUCUCCCAAUCUACACUUACUCGACAUCUACUUACAAUCCCAGUCCCAAUAUACACCUACUCGACAUCUACUUACAAUCCCAGUCCCUAUCUACACCUACUCGACAUCUACUUACAAUCUCAGUCCCUAUCUACACCUACUCGACAUCUACUUACAAUCCCAGUCCCUAUCUACACCUACUCGACAUCUACUUACAAUCCCAGUCCCUAUCAACACCUAUUCGACAUCUACUUACAAUCCCAGUCCCUAUCUACACCUACUUACAAUCCCAGUCCCUAUCUGCACCUACUCGACAUCUAUCACAAUCCCAGUCCAUUCUACACCUACUUUACAACUUUACACCCGGUACCUGUGCCUCAACGUUCGCGCGGCGCUGACUGA